AUGGCUGCCCUUACUAUAGUGAUCAAUCCCAUCCCCCUCGGUAUCAAUAAGGGUACCGAUCACACUACUCGGUUGGGCCGGAUCAAGGAAGGCGAGUCCGCCCGACAAGCUCGGCCUAAAGAGGCCCAAAGAGCCGAAAGCUCAUUGGACCCAAAAGGAGUGAUGAUGAUCGGCUCGGGGUUACUGAUAAUGAGGGAGACUUUGUGGCAAAUAGAAAGGCCCCCCGCCUUACCCCUGGUUGCAGCUUUUGUAACUAUGGAUGUGGUAGGUGCCAGGGAACCGGCGGACCUCCAUGAUAUGACGCAGCUGGAGGACGGGGUGGUUUGA